AUGGUGGAAACAAAGUUUCCGAAGCUACGUACGUCAGUACCUGGUUCAGAGGGCAAUCUCUGGGAGCCGGAGCUUCUAAACGAGUCAUAUAAAGAGAGUGGCCCGCGCAGUCUUUGGGUAGACUACUGUAUGAACAGUACGAUCCAUGGGUUUAAGUACCUUGUAGGCAAUAAGCGGACAACUAUUGAGAGUGUCUACAUAAAAUGGGACAAAGAGCCAGUCGUGGUAACGUUCGGAGAGAAGCCAGUCCCCGUGUUUACAAUUCCCUUUCCAGCCGUAACGAUCUGUCCCGAGACAAAGGUGCGCAAGAAGGAUCUCGACUUCACGACCGCUUAUCAGCUGUACAAUGAUGAGGAGUUGUGGCAAUUUAUGGCAAAAGAGCACGUCGUUUGCUUAUUCUACUACAGAAUUGACAAGCUAGAGGCCCUGCUGCAGGUGUGUGACUUUUCGUUCGGCAUCGAAAUGAAUAACGACUCGUACGCGGACGACGUGGUACCGCUCCUGCAGCGCAUGGCAAUACCGUUCGAGGAUAUGUUUUUGCUGUGCGGUUGGCGAGAGCAGGUGAUCGAUUGCAGAGACUUUUUCAAGGAAACGCUCACCGAGGCGGGAAUUUGCUACACCUUCAACUCGCUCGCUGCGGACGAUCUGAUGCGGCGCGAUCAGCUACACUCCGAGUACGAGUACAUGGCGGAGAAUCAAUCCUCCAAGCAGUGGAACAUGGACGAAGGGUACAGUAGCCGGGCCGGGGGAGACACGUACCCAAGGCGUGCCUUUGGAGCGGGAAGACGCGCUGGGUUGUUUGUCAUAACGAAGGUUCAGAUAUCGGAUAUGGACUAUAUGUGUGGGAACUCAUUCCAAGGGUUUAAGGUGCACCUACACUCACCGGUACAGUAUCCAAGGAUGGUGAACGAGUUCUUUCGCAUCCCGCUUAGCCAGGAGGUGUCCGUGUCGGUUGAACCACUCCUGUUCGACACCACUGCCAAUGUGCGACGAUAUGAUCCAAGUCGGCGGCUCUGUUACUACAAUCACGAGCGAUACCUGCGCUAUUUCAAGGUGUACUCCAAGUACAACUGUGACAUUGAGUGUCUUUCCAACUACACGCUGAAGACUUGUGGUUGCGUGCCGUUUCCGCUGCCUCGCACGAAGGAUGACAGGAUCUGUGGGAUGGGCAAGGCUAGCUGUGCCGAUAUGGCACUGUCCGUGUUGGAGGAGAUGGACUUGCUGCAUGAGCUGAACAAAACCGACAACUUUCUGGAGCACUGCAACUGUUUGCCGUCCUGUAAUGCACUGUUCUACAACACGGAAAUAUCGCAGGCAAUGUUCGAUUGGAGAAAGCUGGCGGAGAACAUUCAUCUCAUCGCUGGUGUGGACGACAAGUGA